UUGUCGUUUUAUUUGGCAAUUGAAAUGUUCCUGUUUCCUCAGUCAAGGUGAGCCAGGCGGAUGACCGGCACGGCUGUGUGUGCCUAACUACACUCUAAUCAGCUCUUCAGCUCUGCAAACUCUCUGCAAGCUCUCUACCCUUACUCAAGGUUUUAGCCAUAUGUGUCAGCAUGCAGCAGGAUGGUGUGCGUUACAGGAUUGACAGGCCCGCAUACUCUCAGGCCGCCUUCGAUGAAACAUUCAACAGGAAAUCCAGGAGCUUUCCUUUCAGAGACAAAAUUAAGAAGGCCUUUAGGUGUUCUGGGGGUCGCUUGAAGUCUCUGUUGUUCCGCCACCUGCCUGUGCUAAGAUGGCUGCCUAAGUACAACGUCAAACAGAACCUCCUGACUGAUGUCAUCAGCGGUGUUAGCGCUGGCACCAUACAGGUCCCACAAGGCAUGGCGUUUGCUCUGCUGGCCAACCUGCCUCCAGUAAACGGCCUCUACUCCUCCUUCUUCCCCCUCAUCCCCUACUUCUUCAUGGGCACGGCACACCAGAUGGUACCCGGUACGUUUGCCGUGCUGAGCAUCAUGGUGGGUAUGGUGUGUCUCAGGCUGGCGCCGGAAUCAGACUUCACCCACUUCAACACCACCCUGAACCACACAGUGGUGGACGAGGACAAGAUGAACGAGGUGCGCCUGGCCAUCUCAGGGACUCUGGCCUGCCUCACAGCCAUCAUACAGAUUGGACUGGGCCUGAUGCAGUUUGGCUUUGUGGCCAUCUACUUGUCGGAGGCGUUUGUGCGAGGCUUCAUGACAGCAGCAGGCCUGCAGAUCCUCAUCUCUGUGCUCAAGUACAUCUUCGGCAUCAAAGUGCCUCCCUACAGCGGGCCUUUAGCCAUAAUAUAUACGCUGGUGGACAUCUUCUCUGGGCUGCCUCGCACCAAUGUAGCCUCUCUGGUCUUCGCCCUGGUCAGCUGUGUGGUGCUCAUCAUCGUCAAGGAGCUGGGGGCUCGCUUCCGACACAAGAUCCCCUUCCCCAUCCCCAUAGAGAUCAUUGUGGUGGUGGUGGCCACAGCCAUCUCCGGUCCCCUGGAUCUCCCAAAGCGCUACCACAUGGAUGCAGUGGGGGAGAUUGCUCUGGGAUUCCCCGACCCCAUCCUGCCCGAUGUGAGAGAGUGGGAUGAGAUGCUGACUACAGCGUUCUCCUUGGCCAUCGUGGGCUACGUCAUCAACCUGGCCAUGGGCAGGACCCUGGCAGCCAAACACGGCUACGAUGUCGACCCUAAUCAGGAGAUGCUGGCCCUGGGCUGCAGUAACUUCCUGGGUUCCUUCUUCAAGAUCCACGUGAUCUGCUGCGCCCUGUCCGUCACGCUGGCAGUGGACGCCGCAGGGGGAUCCUCCCAGUUUGCCAGUCUGUGUGUGAUGCUGGUAGUCAUGGUUACCAUGCUGGCCUUGGGUGCCUUCCUCAAGCCCCUGCCCAAGUCUGUGCUGGGAGCGCUGAUUGCAGUGAAUCUGAAGAACACUCUUCUGCAGCUGUCUGACCCCUACUACCUGUGGAAGAAGAGCAAACUGGAGUGUUGUGUGUGGGUGGUGUCUUUCCUGGCCACCUUCUUCCUCAGUCUGCCCUACGGGGUGGCCAUAGGAGUCGGAUUCUCCAUCCUGGUGGUGAUCUUCCAGACCCAGUUUCGAAAUGGAUCCGAGGUGGCUCAGAUCAUGGAUACAGACCUGUAUAAAAACCCCAAACUCUACAGUAAAGUGAAGUCUCUGUCGGGAGUUAAGGUGAUAAGCUACUGCUCUCCUCUUUACUUUGCCAACGCUGACAUAUUCCGGCGUAAGGUCAUCAAAAAGACUGGUCUGGACCCAGGGAAGUUGCUUCUGGCCCGUAAGAAGUUUCUGAGGAAACAACAGCAGCAACAACAGCAGCAGCAGCAGCAGCUAGACAGUGUACAGCCCAGGAGGAGGACCAUCAGCUCUCUGGUCAUCAUGAAACCACAGACGACAUCUCAGCUGGAACUGCAAAAAGACUUCCAGGCCAACAUCGCCGGAACUUCACCUGAGGCCCCGCCCACCUAUGUCAACUUCCAUUCUGACCACACAGAGCCGUCUGAGCAGCACGCGGACUCUGCGCUCCCAUCUCCCAUCACCAUGGAAACGCACCCGGUACCCUUCCACACGCUGGUGCUGGACCUGGCGGGCGUCUGCUUUGUUGACCUGAUGGGCAUCAAGGUCCUCACCAAGAUGAAGAACAGCUAUGAGGCGCUUGGUAUCAGCUUCUAUCUGGCCAAUGUACAAGCUCAGGUGUAUGAGGAGUUGCAGACAGGUGGUGUGUUUGAGGAGGGUGGUAUCCAGCGUAGCCACCUCUUCCUCUCCGUGCAUGAUGCCAUCCUCUGUGCCCAGCGUGCCACCACCACCCUCAGCACCGCAGAGCAGAUGGAUAGGGUGAAAAUAGAGCUGGCCUUUGACAUGGAGGAGGAGGAGAAAGACCUGGAACAGGAGAUGUUCUGACAGGAAAUCACCUUUCUUUAGAGGGGAUCUGAAGAUCAACUCAAGGAGAGGACAUUAUAAAUAAACACAAAUGAGAGAUAGAAGCCAGGAGAGGAGUAAAAGAAUGACUGUAGUGUUCAAGCAUCCUGUAUUUUAAAGCAGUGAUUCUUAACCUUUACCCCCCUUACCUGUGUCAUAGAGAAGUCGCACUCCCCCAACCCAAAAUAUUACCCUUAGGGCGUCCGCACAUCGGCUCCGACAAAGUGCUGAGCACUGCUCUGCCAAAGUUCAAUUCCUUUGUUGUCAAUACAACCCUGCACACCGGCGCCAAUGUCCGUGGACAUUCGCGGAUGUCGGCAAGCGAUUAGAGACAAGUUUUAUUUUGUCAGAGACGCCCAUUGACUAUGCAUGCUCUGUUGGGGUGCAAUUGUGUCGGAAGCGAAAGUGCUCCACAGUGCUUUCGGAGCCGGUGUGCAGAGGCCCUUAUAUGCGCACAAAAAAUUACAACGCCUCUUGCUCGAGACUUGAAUCAAUUUCUCCAUGACCUCACAAGGGGACCAAAAGUGUUUUCAUUUUGGUUCCAAUUGGAUGUGUUCCUGCUGAGAUUCUGUUGGCCUAAUCAUAGUAUUCACAAGUAUAAUUCUGGUCACAACCUCAACGCAAACAAAGAUCCAUGGAAUCCCUGAAAUCUCCGGCACCCCCCGGACCCCAGGAUAAGAACCACUGUUUUAUAUCAUAAGCAUGUCAUUACGUUUUCUGCCCCCAUGGUUGAAGUGCAAGGCACCUAAGCUGAAAAUGCUUCAGGGACUGUAACCAAUAUCCUAUAACCGCAAAAACACACCAGAAGAGACAAAUGCUACAAAAGUGUCGUUGGACUGUUUUCUUAGCAAGAGCGACAUGAGCCAUAAAAACGACUUACUACUGUAUGACUGUUAAAAGCAGAAUGCAAGCAUUCCGACAUUCCAAUUGGCUCUGUUGGCUGUAGCCAAACUGCAUCAUAUCUCAUUACCAUGGCGUUGGCAAGUUGGUGCGUCACUAGGGCCGAAAAAGUGAUGUCACACUUGCCAACCCCAUAACGUUCACUGAAGUUCAACAAACUGUUGCUCGUGUCGAACUGUCAUUCAAAUAAUCUUUUGUUGCCCAAAUCGCUUUUGUGUUGGUUUUGUGCCAGCUCCUCUAGGCCUAUAUAUAAUCAAUUACUUCCAUCAUUGUUUUCACUUUUGUCAUAUUCUGUGUGUUUGCAUGGUAGGCUAAAUAACUGCAAUUCGUUUUGGGUCAGGGAUGGGCAACUGGCGCCCUGGGACCCACCUCAUCAGUGCGGCCCGUAGACAACAUCAUUUACAAAAUAAUGAUCAGAUUCUUUUUUAAACCACUAGUGAAUCAAUUUGUUGUAUAUACUGCAGUGUUGGCUGACCACUCAUAUUUCUUCCAAACAAUAAGGGCAGUCAGUGACCAUCCAACUGCACCUAGCACUCUGUGAGUUGCUGUCAGAUCCGUGGUCAUGUGGCCCUCCGAUAGUGGCGAUGGAAAAAUGUGGGCCUCCUCAUCAUGAAAGUUGCCCAUCCCUGCUUUGUAUAAAAGCAUCAGCAGUGUAAUGUAAUGCAAUAACAUUGACCUGUAAAAGGAUCCUGGAAACAAUGGAAUAACAUUGGAGGAAACAUGGAAUAGCCUAACAUUUUUUUUCAGUAUGUGCCCUCAACCACUGCUUAGCAUUGUACAUUAAACAACUAGCCAACAUUU